AUGGAGAACAUACAAGAGAUCUUAAAAGCAGCAACAGAAUAUUUGUCACUGGGAAAUGUUAAGGAUGCAUACUUUGCUUAUAUGAAUGCACUUGAAGUAGCUUCAAAAGAGUUGAAUAACAUUAAAUUUGUAAAUAAUGUCGUGGCAUCAAAACCUGUGUCAUAUUCUUCGCUCUUUACAAUAUCUCGGACGUGCUUAUCAUAUGCCGAAGAUAUAAUUACCAAAAAUCAAACUGCUCCUACAUCAUCAAGAAAAAAUCCAAAUCUUAACAUAGCCAUAUAUCCUCCUACACCACAACAAGCAGAACAUCCUCUUGAUCCACAAAAUAAAGCUCCUCCAAUACCUCCAAAGCCAACUCGCAGGUCUGCAAGGUUGAGCGAUGGCGGUUCAUCUCAAAACUCACCAAAAAGCGAUCAACCAACUUCUCCGAUUACGAAACCACCUCUACCUCCGAAGCCUGUUCGUAGACCAAGUAUGAAAAGGAACUCUGGUGAUGUUGAAGUUUCAGCUGAUAGUAACGAUACACAUGCUGUUUGUGAUGACGACAGUUCGGACUCCGAUGAUGAAGAUGACAGUUAUAUACGUGGACGUGGAUCUUUUCAUCGUAGAUCUGACCCAUCUUUAAACUCUUCCCAUACAUUGCAUCGGAGAAGAUCUUCGUCCCCCAGUGUCGCUGUUUCUGCUUCAAAGAGAAGAUCAACAAUAAAUGGUUCGAUAACUGACUCUCCUACAGAUGAAGAGAGUCCUUAUUCUUCUCAUUUGACUUCACCUGCUACUCCUGCGUCUUUUUACGGUUCAUUAUCUGUUCCAUCAACAUUACCAAAUUUAUUUGAACGUCCAAAAAUGAUCAAUGUUAUACCGGAAGGUGCUGUAGAUCCAAAUAACUUGGUGCCGGCUACAACUCUUAUUGAAGAUAAUACUCCAAGUUCUCCUUCUUCUUCUCAAUAUGUGGAUCAUGUUCCAGAUAUUCCUUCUUCUCCUUUAUUAACUCAACAUGCUCAAUUGGAACAAAAAAUACAGACUUUGGAAUCAAAAUUAGCAGAGUAUCGUGCGAUAACGAAAAUGAGGGAGGAGGGUCAUACCGAUGAUAAAGAUCGACAAGGAUCUGAAUUGUCAGAUGAAGAAAUCAAGGAAGCUAUCGGAAAGUACAGUUCAACAGUGGCCAGUUUUAAACAAUCAAUAACGAGAUCUCGUAAACUUGUGUAUAAAGCGGCUUCCGAUCCAGAUAUUUUGGAGUUUGCCCCUCAUUUGAUAGCUUAUCAAUUAACUCUUAUAGAAUCCGCUAUCUUUUUGGAAAUUGAUCCAUAUGCAUUACUUUCUCAUUCUGCUAAAAAUCCGGAUCCAAAAAUUACUGCUUCAACUGACUUUUUCAAUUAUUUGACCCGUAUUAUAGAACGUUCUAUUUUAUUACCAUCAGAAGCUUCUUUACGUGCUCAAAUAAUAAAUCAUUGGGUUAAAGUGGCUGGAAAAUUGCAUGAACUACAUAAUUUUCAGACUUUAAAAGCGGUUCUAUCCGCGUUAGGUACUACCCCUAUCAAAAGACUAAAAAGAACUUGGGCUUGUAUUCCAAAAAAAAGUAUGGUUAAAUUGGAAACUCUUAAUGAAAUGAUGAGUGAAGCAAGGAAUUAUGGUAAAUAUCGAGAAACGAUACAACGUGAUGGAUUCUUGAGAAAACCUACUAUACCAUUUUUAGGUACCUUUAUUAUGGAUGCUACUUACCUUCUUGCCGCUAUAAAAUGUUCUUCAAAUUCUUCUUCCAUUCCAUUGUCUAAUAAC